GUAAUAAGCGCAAACGAGAGGCGGCAGAAGAAGGAACAGAGGAUAAACGCUAUAUGAAAGACUUAGCCAGAAUUGGCUGCCCAAGCGAUCUAGCGAGAACUUAUAAACAAUCAAGCCAUGAACCAAUGUUCCUGAAUCAUCGCCCAUUAUCUUCCAGUGGUAUUCCAACAGAACUACUACACCCAAUCUUUGGAGAGUUCUUAGAUUUAUGUCAGAAUGCUGAACCUACAGUCGAAGACUUUCGCUUUGUAAAUGAUCUUAGUGAAUCGAUGUCUGAAUACUAUGACAAAGAGACUGAACGUGCACAAAAAUUUCGAGAUUGUCUUAAGGAUUAUUUCCGUAUCAAUUUUCCUUGUAUUGAAUUCGACGAUGGAUCACGCACAGACGGUACCUGGUUUCCUAAUCCCAACGACAACUUUAUUGGCAUGAAUGCUGAAGUGAAAAAAGAACCCGGCACCGGAG